AUGCACAAUUCGAAAGAGGACCUCGACAGAUUCUAUAAUAGUUCCAGAAGAACUUCAAGCAUAACUGUCCCUCCACAUGGAAUAAUCCCAGCAGUCUACAGCAUCGAGACGGGCUACAAUCCUGAUUGUCCUCAAGAGCAGAAUGGAAUUCACAAAUCUGUUAAAAUUAUUUUCGUACUUCUAAUUCUCACUGUACUUCUAGUCGGAUUCAUAUUUGCUAUUCUGUCAGUUACACGAUUAUCAAGGCACUGA